GCUUCAGUAUUUAAUUAAGCGCAGAACGUGUACUAGCAAACUGCUAGAAAAAUAGAAAUUAUUGCCCAGCCAUGCAAAUAAGAAGUGGAUUGCUGGUAGCCAUAUGCCUUUGGCUCUCUGUGAUGGAGAGCCUGGCUCUGCUGGAUCACGAGGGCGAGAUCAUCAACAAGUGCAUUCAGAGCUACGGAGGACUGACUCCGGAGCUUGGCGAGCGGCUGGAGCGUUUUAAGGAGUGGUCGGAGAGCUACGAGGAAAUUCCCUGCUUCACCCAGUGCUACCUGAGUGAGAUGUUCGACUUCUACAACAACCAGACGGGCUUCGAUAGCGCCGGCGUCGAGAGGGUUUUUGGAGCCCCCAUUUAUGCGGCCUGCCGGAAGAAGUUGGAGCUGCCCGAGGGAUCUGGCCACAGCAGUUGCACGCAUGCCUAUGCGGGUUUCCAUUGCCUGACCAAAAUGGAAGGCCACCCCUUCAUGGUGAUCGAGAGCAUGCCAAACUUGACGAAGGUGGCCAAAGACGCCAUGAAGGACUGCCUGCAGGUGGUGGACCAGGACGAGUGGAGUAGCUUUGCAGCUUUUGCCAGCUUUCCCGUCGUAGAGCCAAUACCCUGCUACACGCGCUGCUUCUUGGAUAAGCUGGGUGUCUUUGACCAGAAGCUACGCCGCUGGCGCAUCCCGGCCAUGCAACAGAAGCUGGGCGUUCCGGCCAAGGGAGCUCGCUACGGUGCCUGCCACCAGCGCAGGGGUCGCAAUCCAUGUGCCACCUAUUACCAACAGUUCACCUGCUACGUUUUGGCCAUUUGAGCAAACAACAAAAAUAUAUACACGAAAUUUGAAUAAAUAAUGUCAAAUACAACUUAAAA